AGGGUGGCGAAUUCCAUUCGAAGAGUGUUCAUCGCUGAAGUCCCCAUCAUAGCCAUCGACUGGGUCCAGAUAGACGCCAACUCUUCCGUGCUCCAUGAUGAAUUCAUUGCACACAGGCUGGGUCUCAUCCCGCUCACCAGUGAUGACAUUGUGGAUAAGAUGCAAUAUUCCAGAGACUGCACAUGUGAUGAGUUCUGUCCGGAGUGCUCUGUGGAGUUCACCCUUGAUGUCCGGUGCAAUGAAGACCAGACCCGUCAUGUCACAUCCCGUGAUCUCAUCUCGAACAACCCUCGGGUCAUACCGGUGACAUCUCGGAGUAGAGACAACGACCCCAAUGACUAUGUGGAGCAGGAUGACAUCCUCAUUGUGAAGCUGCGGAAGGGCCAGGAGCUGAGACUGCGAGCCUAUGCCAAGAAGGGCUUUGGCAAGGAGCAUGCCAAGUGGAACCCCACAGCAGGCGUAGCAUUCGAGUAUGACCCAGACAACGCGCUGAGGCACACUGUAUACCCCAAACCGGAGGAGUGGCCCAAGAGUGAGUACUCAGAGAUUGACGAGGAGGAUGCUCAGGCUCCCUAUGACCCCAAUGGGAAGCCAGAGAGGUUUUAUUACAACGUGGAGUCCUGUGGUUCUCUGCGCCCAGAGACCAUUGUUCUCUCCGCACUGUCCGGCCUGAAGAAGAAACUGAGUGACCUCCAGACCCAGCUAAGCCAUGAGAUUCAGAGCGACGUCCUCACUAUAAACUGAGAUGACCCCUUGCGAGAGAGUGCUCAGGUGUGAGUGAGGCAGAAGGUUCCUGGCUCUUUCCAGCAGCACUCUGGGCUGAGGCUUUUACCUCCCCAUCUCCCUCUGCCUCUCCUGGCCCAGCUGUGCUGGUUGGUUACACCUCUUCCCCAGCCCCCCUUCCGAGGGAAAGCCAGCGUGAUGUGUAGGGUAAAGCAGGAAGGGAAUCGGUGAGCACCUUCACUGGAACAGGCUUUGUCUCUAAGUGAUCCCAGAGUUUUAGGCCAGAGUUUUGGAUCCUGGCCAAGUGGUGUUUGGUAUUGGGAAGAGGUGUACCUCAGUUACACAACCCUACCUUAUUUGCAUGUCCAGUCCUUCUGUGCUGAAUAAAGCUUUACCUCCUCUGUGUUUUGUCAUCCCUGAAAGCUCGUCUGGGGCUGCAGGAGGAGAUGUCACGUCAUUUACUUCUCUCCAAUAGACAUUAACUUAAUGAGAUCUGCUUUGGAGGGAGCAUAGCUCUCUACUGCUGAUUGCUGCUCUUGACAUAAUCUCCUAAGGAGACCAGAAUCCCCUCCAGCAGGUAGCCUGUCGUUUACCGAUCCAGCGCUACAUUUAAAGCAGAUGUUUGAGGCUGGGCUGGUAAGCGAGAUGCUGCAGAAGGCAGUGCUGCAGGGAAGCCCAGAUGAGCCAGGCAGGCUCAGCUGUAUUUAAAGACUCCUUUGGAGCAGACUUUACCCAUACACUAUAUAAUCUUUAUGUUAGGCGCUGGGAUGGCAGGGAGUCCAUCAUUAAUAACCCCUGGCUGACAACUUCCAGUGUGCCUGCAGCCCCAAGGCGGGUUGUGUGCUGGGCUGGAGCUUGGUGUAGGUCCCAAACCGUGACCACCGUGGCAGUGGCUGAAGGGCUCCAGUGAUUACCUGGGUCACCCUUUCUCAUAGAAUCAUUUAGGUUGGAAAAGACCUUCAAG